AUGUCAGAAUCAGCUAAAGUAGAUCCUGUCAGCCAAGAUGUGGAUAUGACUAAGGAUGAACAACCUGUAGAAGAGUUCGAAGAUGAGCCGGACAGAGAAAAGAUCAAGAUUUUACCACAAGCUACAUCCGAAGAUGGUACAUGUGCAUCUUUCCAAAUUGCCGAAGAAGAUCAUACCCUGGGUAAUGCCCUUCGUUAUAUGAUAAUGAAGAACCCUGAUGUAGAAUUUUGUGGUUAUUCGAUCCCACAUCCAUCAGAAAACUUGCUAAAUAUCAGAGUUCAAACCUACGGAAACGUCACGGCGGUCGACGUACUACACAAGGGACUACAAGACCUGAUGGAUCUAUGCGACGCUGUAGAGGAUAAAUUUACACAGAAAAUCAGAGAACUAUAG